ACAUUUCAACCUAUAAAAACCCCAAAACCCAGAAGACUUUCUUCGUCUUCCCCACAGGCUUCCUCUUCCUCAAACUCCAGCUUAAUCCAAUAAUAUAUAUAUAUAUUAUCCAUUACUGUCAGUUCAUCAAAUAUGGCUUCCAGUUCCAACAGUCUGGGUGAGACAAAGAAAUACAAGGGCGUACGGCGGCGUAAGUGGGGGAAAUGGGUGUCGGAGAUACGAGUUCCAGGCACUCAAGAGCGGCUGUGGCUAGGUUCUUACUCGUCGCCGGAGGCCGCCGCAGUGGCUCACGACGUGGCAUAUUAUUGCCUGAGAAGACCCUCAAACCUGGACCACCUGAACUUCCCGCCGAUGGUGCUGCCCUUGACCAACCACCUCCUUAUCCGAGACGACAUGUCGCCUGGCUCCAUUCAGAAGGCGGCCUCCGACGCCGCCAUGGCUGUGGACGCGCAGUAUAUAUGCAACAGCUUGGCAGACCGGGGCAGCACCGGCCCGGCAGGAGAUUACAACUACACGGCGCCCGAUGAUCAAGAUCUUUCCGUCCAAGAUUAUCUGUGAGCCUUAAUUUUGGGGUCCUCAUUCUCACAUCAACGGCUGGGAUCUUAUGAUGAUUUUAUCAAGUGCCGAUCAACAACCCCACUGAUUUAAUUGUAUAUAUGAAUUAAAUCAAAAUAUUGAAAAUCACUGGGGUGAUAUCCUAAGAAAAUGAAUGUUUAAUUUGCUCUUAAAAGCUUUUUCUUCCCUUUCGAUCAA